AUGUCAAGAGUUAAUCCCCUUCGUGUGCUGGUCAUUGUUUCCCAUCGGAGUUCCCGACUACCCAAAGCCCAAACCAACCCAGAAGCCCUCUUCCCAAAAGCCUUCCGCCUCCUCAAAACAAGCCAUCUCUACACUCCCCAAGAAACACGCCCAGCAACAAGACUGGUAGCAAUGCAGAAGUGGCGCACACGGGUGUUUUUCGUCUUCGACAUCUGCCAUACAACCUACGACGCCAGGCUAGGCCACCUCCCUGAACAAAACAAACUCCCUGUCGUGGUCGUCCACCUCAGCAAGAAGAACACAGCAUAUCCAGCUAACGCUUGGCUAGCCAAGAGGGUGAAUCGAGAUAUUGCACUCUUCCACAAUGCCCAUGGCUUUGAUGCCGUGCCACCUUUUGUCGAGGAUCAUAGGUUUGGAAAACCACCGGAGUAUGUCAACCCGAGGGAUAUUGCACUGGUAAAAGCGACCUGUCUUUGA